AUGGAUCGUCUGGCAACGGAGCUUUUGCUCCACAUAUUUCGCUCUUGCGAGAGCGUUUCUGAUGUUCUCAAUCUUGCAUCCACCUGCCGAAGGCUUCGCCGUGUCUUUAACCAAUCCCACAAGCUGCAAAUUCUAAUUGAUAUCGCGGACUACGAGUUUGGACCUCUAGACGAGAUCGUCCAGCUUGUAACACACAACGCAAGCCAACCAGCACACAUCCUCCGCCAUGUUCCCAUGUCCGAGUCGCUUCUCCGACAGGUAGUGCAGGUCGGACUCGUCGCGCGGAAAUGGGAGGCGAUCUACCCGGUCAAGAAAUGGAAGGUCGAUUUCGAGAAUCGGCGUUCCCUGACCGACGAUGAACGGUUUCGUUUGCGCCGUGCUAUUUAUCGCUUGUGGCUAUAUCAUCGCGCUUUCCAUACUUCCAACUUUGACCGUUUCUCGCGUAAACUUCGUCACGUCGUCUCUGAGCGUGCCCAGCUUCUGCACAACUGGUCCACUGUCGAACUUGCCGAGGUUGAGGACAUUCGGCUGAUCAUCACCGACAUCGUGCAAAAUCACAUCUGUCCCAGCAACGGGACUAUCCAGCGGAAGUUCCGCAAGCGGUAUCCCGAGAGCAAUCACCAGCUAUCAUUUAAUAUUCAUCUGAACUAUCCGAGAACGAGCGAAUGGCCUGACAAGGCUGACCACACAGUCAAUCAGUACUUCUAUUCCGCUCACCCCACAAGUAGCACUGAAUCACCCGCAAAGUACAGAUCGAGAUUCCGCAAUGACUUCUUUCACGACCCCGGCUUCGAAGGUUGGGGAGAUGAAAUUCCGCAUUAUUAUGUAGUCCAGGAUAUGAUGAAGCUUGACCCCGGGCAGGUCCUCUGGUUGCGCGAACAUGCGCCCAUGAAAGAGCAAGUUGAAGCCUUCAUACGGUCCUUGGGCGAUUGGUUUCGUGAUAAUGGAGAGACAUUCGGAGAUACUCUCCAGUGGGUGAUGAAUGAGCGCGGUGAUGAUAUUGAGGAGUUUCGGGCUGCCAUAGCAGAUCGGGAACUAGGAAUCGUGUGGUCUUAG